AUGCAGAACACUACAAAAGUAAAGGUUCAGCUCCUGAAGACCCUUGAUGAUGGAUCGGUAGACCCUAACUGCUACGCGUGCAAGAUGGGUCAUGUGAUAUUAACAAGUGAUGGAAGGAUAUCCUCUGAGUCACCAGCAGUCAAAGAUAAGCAGUUGCUAAUCAAAAAGAACGGGAAAGUUGAUAAUAGGUCAGCAAUAUGUAAGAAAACUGUAGAUCAGGAUAGAACUAUUCAGGCCCCCUUGGGUUCAUCUUUGUCGAUGACACACCCGAAUACCAUGCUUGCCACUCGUGACAGCACAGAGACAACCACGCCUGGCGUGCAACAAGGCUCUACUCUAUCUAUUUCAUCUGAACGCAAGCCAACUAUACACACCACUGUUUCUCCAGCCCCCUCUGCCCCUCUAUCAAUUCCUAAUACAAUAGUUCAGCCCCCUGCUUCAAAUCAACCAAAUCAGCUUUCCUCUUUGGCCCCAAUUUCACUACCGCCUCCCGUACCAACUGUUAGGCAGUCUCCCCAACUACAAACCCAUGCGACCGCACACAGGAAUCCACAGUUUCCACCAUUGAGUCAUCAGGAAAAGGCCCCCGUCCCCAAAGGAUCAGAGCACCAGGCUCAUAAUAGUAGUGUUCAUAGUACAGAGUCUAUUUUCAAUCGAGCAGGCAUUCCAAGGACUCACGAGUUCGCUUGCGUAGCGUAUUCUAUGGCCUCUACCAGAAGUUAUUUUACGUACAAUUUUCUGUGUUUCCUUCAACGUUUGUUCCAUCGUCCCGUGGACACCGAAGAGGAGAGUAUUCUGGGGUUGCAGCCCUUCUACAAUUGCUUGAGCCAAGAAGCAAAAGAUGUGCUCAUGAGAAAUCUUCCUGGGUGCGAAAAAGAGUUAGUAUUGCGUCUAUUGGGACAAAGCAUUCAGCUAAUGAGCCCAUCUGCACUGUCUGUCAUCGAUGCAAUUGAAAGUGCCAUAAGUGAAGACAAGCCGUUCACUAACGCAUGCCAAACGUUGUAUCAGCUAAGCAAGCACGUAAGAAGCACAUUACUGGCGAAUUCAUAG